CAUUUUUACUUUCCCCUGUAUAUUAUUUUACAGUAUGCCUAGCUGUAAUGUAUAUUGCGCUGUAUUUAUGUAAGAGCUACACAUUUGAGCGCUUUUGUUACAGUUUAGCGAGGCCUCCGUCAAGCUCGGAGUUCGCGUCGUCUCACGUUGGAAUGUACCAUUGUGACAACGCAACGGGACGGAUUUUGAGUUGUGACAGCGGCGUUUGUGAGCUUCGGGAAGGCCAUCGAGAAAAAAACAAAAAAUCGUCCUUCCGCUUUACCUGUUGUGGCUCAUUUUUUACACCGACUCCAAUGGAAGUGGCGCCGGUGGGACUAUUUUAGGCGUCCCCCAUCCCCUCAUGUCCAAAACGCGUCCAGACGGAUUGUUUGUUGAGUUGUAGGUCAUUGCAUCCGACAUCAACAAUGGCCUUCAGCAAAGGUUACCGUAUUUACCACAAGCUGGACCCGCCCCCCUACAGUGUCAUCGUGGAGACGCGCACCAGGGAAGAGUGCCUCAUGUUUGAGUCCGGGGCCGUCGCUGUCCUCUCCGCGGCUGAGAAGGAAGCUAUUAAAAACACAUAUUCCAAGAUUGUGGACGCGUAUGGGAUCUUGGGCGUGCUCCGCCUCAACCUGGGCGACUUGAUGCUCCACAGCCUGGUGGUGGUGACGGGCUGCAGCUCGGUGGGCAAGGUGCAGGACUCGGAGGUCUUCCGGGUGACGCAGACGGACUUCGUGUCGCUGAAGAACGAGUCCAGCGAUGAGGAGCGCAUCGCUGAGGUGCGCAAGGUGCUCAACUCGGGGCACUUCUACUUUGCCUGGUCCGCCACGGGCAUCAGCAUGGACCUGAGCCUCAACGCGCGGCGCCGCAUCCUAGAGGACACCACGGACAACCGCUUCUUCUGGAACCAGUCCCUGCAUCUGCACCUGAAGCAUUACGGCGUCAACUGCGACGACUGGCUGCUGAGGCUGAUGUGCGGCGGCGUGGAGAUCCGCACCAUUUACGCCGGACACAAGCAGGCCAAGGCGUGCGUCUUCUCGCGCCUCAGCUCGGAACGGGCCGGCACGCGCUUCAACGUGCGCGGCACCAACGACGACGGCCAGGUGGCCAACUUUGUGGAGACCGAGCAGGCCAUCUUCCUGGACGACAGAGUGUCGUCGUUCAUCCAGAUCCGUGGCUCCAUCCCGCUGUUUUGGGAGCAGCCGGGGAUCCAGGUCGGCUCUCACCGUGUCAAGCUCUCGCGAGGAUUUGAAGCAAACGCCCCGGCCUUUGAAAGACACUUCACUGCCUUGAAGAGGUUGUAUGGCAAACAGGUGAUCAUCAAUCUGCUUGGCAGUAAGGAAGGAGAACACAUGCUCAGCAAAGCCUUUCAGAGUCACUUGAAGGCAUCUGAGCACGCGGCGACCGUCAAGAUGGUCAACUUCGACUACCACCAGAACGUUCGCAGCGGCAAAGCGGACAAACUGCACAGUGUGCUCAAGCCUCAGUUGGACAAGUUCGUGGAAGAGUGCGGCUUCUUCUAUUACUCAGGAGAGAUGGGCAUCACCAGGAGCCAGGGUGGAACCAUCAGGACAAAUUGCCUGGAUUGUUUGGACAGAACCAACAGCGUCCAAGCCUUCUUUGCCCUGGAGAUGCUGGCCAAGCAGCUGGAGGAAAUGGGCUUGACUGAGAAACCUCAGUUGGUGGCCCGCUUCCAGGAGGUCUUCAGGACCAUGUGGUCCGCCAACGGCGACUCGAUCAGCAAGAUCUACGCGGGCACCGGCGCCCUGGACGGGAAGGCCAAGGGGGGAAAGCUGAAAGACGGCGCUCGCUCGGUCACCAGGACCAUCCAGAACAACUUCUUCGACAGCUCCAAGCAGGAGGCCAUCGACGUUCUGCGGCUGGGCUCCACGCUCAACAGCGACCUCGCAGACAAAGCGCGGGCCUUGCUCACCACGUCCAGCCUCUAUGCCUCCCCCCGGGUGCUGCUGGGUAUGUGCCAGAACCACCGCAAGUACACGCGGCCCAAGCAGAUCCGGGUGUGCGUGGGCACCUGGAACGUCAACGGCGGCAAGCAGUUCCGCAGCAUCGCCUUCCGCAACCAGACGCUCAACGACUGGCUGCUGGACGCUCCCAAGAUCGCCGGGCACCCCGACUUCGUAGGUAGCGAGGCCAACCCGGUCGAUAUCUUCGCCAUCGGCUUCGAGGAAAUGGUCGAGCUGAAUGCUGGAAACAUCGUCAGCGCCAGCACCACCAACCAGAAGCUGUGGGCCGCCGAGCUGCAGAAGAACAUCUCGCGCGACCACAAGUACGUGUUGCUGGCGUCGGAGCAGCUGGUGGGCGUGUGCUUGUUCGUCUUCAUCCGCCCGCAGCACGCGCCGUACAUCAGGGACGUGGCGGUAGACACGGUGAAAACGGGCAUGGGCGGCGCCACGGGCAACAAAGGGGGCGUGGCCAUCCGCUUGCUCUUCCACACCACCAGCAUCUGCUUUGUGUGCUCGCACUUUGCGGCGGGACAGUCGCAGGUGAAGGAGAGGAACGACGACUACAACGAGAUCACGCGCAGGCUCAGCUUCCCCAUGGGCCGACUGCUCUACUCUCACGAUUACGUCUUCUGGUGCGGCGACUUCAACUACCGCAUCAACCUGCCCAACGAGGAGGUGAAGGAGCUGAUCCGCCAGCAGAACUGGGACGCGCUGACUGCCGGCGACCAGCUCUUUGACCAAAAGAAUGCCGGAACGGUGUUCCGGGGAUUCAUCGAGGGCAAGCUGGAUUUUGCGCCCACGUACAAGUACGACCUCUUCUCCGAGGACUACGACACGAGUGAGAAGUGCCGCACGCCCGCCUGGACCGAUCGCAUCCUCUGGAAGCGGAGGAAGUGGAACUUUGACAAAACAGCUGAGGAGAUGAACGUAGUGGGCGCAGCGUCGACGUCAGCCGAGAACGAAGACGACCCGGAGUACCCGUGGAGCCCCGGGACCCUCAAGUACUACGGCAGGGCCGAGCUCAAGACCUCAGACCACAGGCCGGUGGUGGCCGUGAUGGACGUGGACAUCCUGGAGGUGGACCCGGAGGCCCGGCACCAGGUCUACAAGGACGUCAUCGCCCUGCAGGGACCGCCGGAUGGCACGGUCCUGGUGUCCUUGUGCUCCUCCGGACCGGACGACUACUUUGACGAUGCGCUCAUCGACGAGCUGCUCGACAAGUUUGCCAACUUUGGCGAGGUCAUCCUCAUCAGAUUUGUUGAGGAGAAGAUGUGGGUGACUUUCCUGGAGGGUUACUCCGCUCUGGCUGCUUUGUCUCUCAGUGCGUCCACUGUUCUGGGCAAGGUGAUCGACAUCCGCCUGAAGAGUCCCGGCUGGAUCAAGAGCCUGGAGGAGGAGAUGAGCGCGGAGCGCAUCUGCGGGAGCAUCCCCGCCUCGGCCAGCUCCACCCUGCUGGCCGAGGACGCCGACAUGGCGGACGACGACUACGACAUGGAGGGCGACGUGGACGAGGAAGUGGAAGCCGUCCUUCCCCAGCACCUGCAACCUUCCUUGGGCUCGGGAACCGGAUCCUCCCCGCUGCCCUCGCCGCAGGCCAGCCCCUGCGCUUCCCCCACUCACGGUGAGGCGGCGCCCCCCGGCAGGCCCGGACGCGGCACUCAACCGGUGCGACCGGCGCAAGACUUCCAGCCCGGCGCGCCGACAUCCCACAGCCUGGAACCGAAACGCGUGCCGCCCCCUCGGCCCAACGCACCCCCGGCGAGACCCGCGCCCCCACAGCGCCCGCCGCCCCCCUCAGGCCGAGCCCAGGUAGCCACAGGUCCUCCUGGACCCGGAGGUGCUGCGAGGCCGAAUCUCCCCCCCCGAGCCGGCGUGAUCAGCAUGGCCCCGCAGUCUCGUCCCUCUCCUCUGUCCCACCCCGGCGCUCCCCGGCCCGUCCCGGACGUGCACCCCGGGGCCCCUCGACCCAUUGCCGACACCCACCCCGGCGCCCCUCGGCCCGGAUCAGGCGUCCCGGCCAAACCGUCUGAUCUUCCUCUAGGAGCCGCCCCGACGGCUCUGCCGGUUGUGAGACCGUCGGCACCGGCGCCCAUACAAUCCCAGCCCGCCGCUCCGGUGCAGUCCCAGUUGCCUCCCCCGCUGCAGCCCACGCCCGCCGCCCCUCCGGCGCAAACCCUGGCCUCCCCGAAGCCCCCACCCCGUUCCCGCUCUCAUCAAGCUCUGCCGCCAGAGGCCGCCAAGGCCACCUCGGCCCCGCAGAUAAACGGACUGAGCGCCGUCCAACGGGAGCCCGAUCCCCUGGACGCCUUUGACUUCCUGUCCUCGUCAUCGUCCUCCCGGCAAAGCACACAAUCACUGACCCGGGGGAACUUCCUGAGGACGCCGCCCUCCAUCCCCUCCGCCGCCACCGCGUCGUCGUCGUCCUCACUGGCCGCCGCCCUUCUCCCUCCCCCGCCGUCCGUCAUGCCCCGCAGUCGCUCACAAGAGACCCUGCGCGCCUCCCCAAACCCCUUCGCUGCCGAGACGCCGCCCCCCCGGCCCAGCAGCACCAACCCGUUCACCGGCCGCCCAGAAUGGCCCCCUCGCGUCCCCGCCGUUGCCCCGCAGCACCUCUCUCGGAGCGCGUCCCUGUUCGCACCCUCGUCAGUCGUCCCGCCUGUCCUGCCGCCCCGUCGCCAACCCCCCAAAUGGGUCACCUUCAACGAUGACUUUCCGCUCCCGGCUAAAACCGCCACCCCGACCCCCAGCUCCACCGCCCCCACCGAGACAGACUGGUUACCUCAUGCAGUUUUCCCGACGCCCCCCGUCCCUGGAUCCGCCCCAGUCCUCGAACCAGACUGGUUAACCCCUACUCCGGCGUUCCCCACACACCCGGCUAAAACUUUGCCCCCCAACACCACCCUGUUCCCAGAACCAGACUGGUUGGCUGCCACCUCGGUGUUGACGACCCUCCCGCCUCCUCCUCUGGUCCCGUCACAGACCGCUGCCAGUAUCUCAAAACUCCCCGAUGGGUCCGGAGGGAGCGGCCUCUUCUACCCCAGAGAGCGGACUAAACACUGAUCUGUGUGAUCAAUGUAUAGAUCUAUGAUAGACAUAUAUGGGUAUACAGUAUAUAUGUGUUUGUGUGAGAGUAUUUAAGACCGAGUCCACAUUGAGCUGGAACGUGUGUGUGUACUCCCUCGAUUUAAAAAAAAAAAAAAAAAAAAAAAAAAAAAAAAAACACAGCAAAGUGGCACAGCUGUAGAGCGUUGGCCUCACAGUUCUGAGGACCGGGGUUCAAAUCCCAGCGACGCCUGUGUGGAGUUUGCAUGUUUUCUCCGGCAACUCCCCCCAAUAUUAACCAAAAACAUGCAAAAACUGGACACUCUAAAUUGUCCCUGGGUGUGAUUGUGAGUGUGACUGUUGUCUGUCUCCCUGUGCCCUCCAAUUGGCCGGCGACCAGGGUGUACCCUGCCCGCUGACAGCUGGGAUUGGUUCUGACCCUUGUGAGGAUAAGUUCUCAGAAAAUGGUGGAGUGGAUGGAUACAUAUCUCUGUGUAAUCAGCUCUAAUAUAUAUCAGAUGUAUAUUUAGUAUAAGCCACCUAUGCAAUACCAUUGGUUUCAGCGCUUCCCAAGAUUUAUUGAAGCCAGACGCAUAUUUUACAAAAUGUCACCCAAAAAAUUCCCAAAAGGUUUAUUCGGUGGUGCCUUGAGAUACAGUUGAAAGUUGCAUUACAUAACUCUAAACAUUUGCCGCUUUAAAUUAUGGAGCAGCGACUCAUACAAACCAAGUAGUCUGUGCUACUUCUUCUCUUUCUAGAUUACACGCAUGUCUUGCAGCGCCACCUGGCAUGUUGUGGCACAAUCUGGUACUACACUGAAAACUGCACAGCUUCACUCACUCGAAGUUCAGAAAGAUCUGUGCGUGCGUUGCAGUGUGGAGAUUUUUGUUUGACCCCCUCAGGAACCAAGCCCUUCCCACUUUAUUCAAGAAUUUUUGCGGGUGUUGGAAUCAAUGCAAUUAUAAAGAAUAAGAAUCAUUUCUAUUGGCCAAGUAUGUCAACAACAACAACACAUUUUGAAUUUGUCUCCGGUAGUCGGAGCUGCAGGAGUAAAGACACAGACGUCAAUUAUGAAAAUACUUUUGAGAUGUCAGCACAUUGCAGUAACAGUCAUGGAGCAAUAAGGUUUGCUAGUAAUCUGGCAAUUAUUAUUAGUAUUUUUUUAAUUGUGCAAUGGAUGGAAAGCCCUCCUCUGUCAUUUAGAGCACUUAGAAUGUCCGAUUCUGAUCGCGGCAGUCGUGGUCAGGCCCAGUCCCCGUUUCCAUGAAUAGCGAAGUUCCACUGUUUACAAGUUGAGGAAAAAAAAAAAUCUGCGAUAUAGCAGAGGUUCAAAGUAUUUUGAAAUAAACUGUGGACGCAC